CUCAUAUUUCAGACAUUUCAGUGCUAACGCCAUUUUAUCUCUCUUGCUUAAGCAGUGGUCAAGAGACCCUGCUAAAAAUCUUCCAAUAUCGAGAUCAUCCUGCAGACAUCAAUAAAAAUACAAAAUGUCUAGCAAUUGGAACAAUAGCCGUGGUGAAAACGGUGGUUCCAAAUUUGGAGGAAACAAAUUUGGUAGCAAUAACACUUCGAGAUUUGGAAAUGGUGGCUCCAAAUUUGGAGGUGGUGGAGGAAAAUUUGGCGGUGGUGGAGGUGGUUAUGGUGGCAAGAAAGAAUUUUCGGGCGGUCAGAACAUGAGGCGUCCAAAUUGGGAUUCUAUGUCUCUGCAACCAUUCAACAAAGAUUUUUAUAAUCCACCUCCAUCAGUUCUUAAUAGGUCGCCAUAUGAAGUAGAAGAAUACAGAAAUGAACAUGAGGUUACUGUUAGUGGAGCUGAGGUUCCAAACCCUAUUCAGCAUUUUGAAGAGGGAAAUUUCCCAGACUAUGUCAUGUCAUCUAUCAAAGGCAUGGGUUACAAAGAUCCAACACCAAUCCAAGCACAAGGCUGGCCAAUUGCUAUGUCAGGCAAAAAUUUGGUUGGUAUUGCUCAAACUGGUUCAGGUAAAACAUUAGCCUAUAUUUUACCAGCCAUUGUGCACAUAAAUAACCAACCUCCUGUCAGACGAGGUGAUGGUCCCAUUGCUCUUGUGUUAGCACCCACUAGAGAACUUGCACAACAGAUUCAGCAAGUAGCCACUGACUUCGGCAAUGCAGCCUAUGUUCGUAAUACUUGUAUAUUUGGAGGUGCCCCAAAACGUGAACAAGCUCGUGACUUGGAAAGAGGAGUGGAAAUUGUUAUUGCCACUCCUGGACGGUUAAUUGACUUCUUGGAAAAAGGCACAACUAAUUUACAGCGGUGCACAUAUUUAGUUCUGGACGAAGCUGACCGUAUGUUGGACAUGGGUUUUGAACCCCAAAUAAGAAAGAUAAUAGAACAAAUUCGCCCAGACAGACAAACUUUAAUGUGGUCUGCAACAUGGCCCAAAGAAGUUAGAAAAUUGGCAGAGGAUUACCUUGGUGACUAUGUACAGAUCAAUGUUGGUUCUAUGCAGCUGUCUGCUAACCAUAACAUUCUACAAAUUGUAGAUGUUUGCCAAGAACAUGAGAAAGAAAACAAAUUAAAUGUAUUGCUACAAGAAAUAGGACAAAACCAAGACCCUGGAGCAAAAACUAUAAUUUUUGUUGAGACCAAAAGAAAAGUAGAAAAUAUAACAAGAAACAUUAGACGAUAUGGAUGGCCUGCUGUUUGCAUGCACGGGGACAAAACACAACAAGAAAGAGAUGAUGUCCUAUAUCAGUUUAAGCAAGGACGUGCUAGUAUACUAGUUGCAACUGAUGUUGCAGCCAGAGGAUUAGAUGUGGAUGGAAUUAAAUUUGUUAUAAACUUCGACUAUCCUAAUUCAUCUGAGGACUACAUUCACCGAAUUGGUAGAACAGGGCGAUCUAAAUCAAAAGGAACGUCAUAUGCCUUUUUCACACCUUCGAAUUCUCGUCAAGCUAAAGACCUAGUUUCUGUACUCCAAGAGGCAAAUCAGAUCAUUAGUCCUCAACUGCAGACCAUGGCUGACCGCUGCGGAGGUGGAGGCGGAGGAUGGAAUAGAAAUCGAUUUGGAGGUGGCCGUGGAGGCGGUGGCUCAUUUAAAAGAGGAUCAAACUUUGGCAGGGGCAAUGGACAUGGCAGCAGUGGUCAUAAAAGAUUUAAUGAAUAUUAAUUUAAUAACUAGCUAUUAUUUAAAGUAGUGAUUUUAAGCAAAUCCUCAUAGGAAUAAAACUUAAGUGUGUGAAUGUUGUAUCUAGAAUAAAGUCUAGACUGGUGUAAAAGCAAAAUGACUACAAUAAUUGUACUUCUUGAAUUUAAAUUUUAUUUAUUUUGUUUUCCGAAAUUAACAGGUCAAAAUCAUAUGAAUGAACUGAAUUAUUUAAUUUAAUUUUUACUGUGAUAUUUAGUGAGGAUUAGCUGAAGUGUUAUUAAGUUAUUUGUCUCAUUACCUGUCAAAAAUAUCUCAAUAAGCAAUUCAGCUGUUGUAGAUGUCUGCCCCAAAUAAGAUUCAUUCCAAUUCAGUUAUCUGGUAAUAAAAAAAAAUGUAAAUUAAAA